UGAUUGGUCCGCACUUCGUGUUUCCGGAACUCGGGGCCUGGCGCGACGGCUGGAGGGAGCGUGGCCUUGUGGCCCCUGGUAGUGGUUGUGCGGCGGGAGCCCCCGGGGGCGCAGACAUGCCUCGGUAUGCGCAGCUGGUCAUGGGCCCGGCAGGCAGCGGGAAGAGCACCUACUGUGCCACCAUGGUCCAGCACUGUGAAGCCCUCAACCGGUCCGUUCAAGUCGUGAACCUUGAUCCCGCGGCAGAACACUUCAACUACCCCGUAAUGGCCGACAUCCGGGAACUGAUCGAAGUGGACGACGUCAUGGAGGACGAUUCUCUGCGGUUCGGUCCCAACGGAGGAUUGGUAUUUUGCAUGGAGUACUUUGCCAAUAAUUUCGACUGGCUAGAGAGCUGUCUUGGCCACGUGGAGGAUGACUACAUCCUUUUUGACUGUCCGGGCCAGAUUGAGCUGUAUACGCACCUGCCCGUGAUGAAGCAGCUGGUGCAGCAGCUGGAACAGUGGGAGUUCCGAGUCUGCGGAGUCUUCCUGGUCGAUUCCCAGUUCAUGGUGGAGUCGUUCAAGUUCAUUUCUGGCAUCUUGGCAGCUCUGAGUGCUAUGAUCUCUCUAGAAAUCCCACAAGUUAACAUCAUGACAAAAAUGGACCUGCUGAGUAAGAAGGCUAAGAAGGAAAUUGAGAAGUUUCUAGAUCCAGACAUGUAUUCUUUAUUAGAGGAUUCUACAAGUGACUUGAGAAGCAAAAAAUUCAAAAAAUUGACUAAAGCUAUAUGUGGACUGAUUGACGACUACAGCAUGGUUCGGUUCCUGCCGUACGAUCAGUCGGACGAAGAGAGCAUGAACAUUGUGCUACAGCAUAUCGAUUUUGCCAUUCAGUAUGGAGAAGACUUGGAAUUUAAAGAACCAAAGGAACAUGAAGAUGAGUCAUCUUCCAUGUUUGAUGAAUAUUUUCAAGAGCACCAGAAAGAAUAGUUUAUUU